AUGUCGUCCCUCCGCAACGCCGUCCAGCGACGCAACCACAAAGAACGCGCCCAACCAACCGAACGAGCAAAAUGGGGUCUCCUCGAAAAGCGCAAAGACUACAAACUCCGCGCCGCCGACCACAAGUCCAAAACCAAGAAAAUCGCCGCCCUGAAAUCCAAAGCCUCGGAGCGGAAUGAAGAUGAAUUUUACUUUGGAAUGAUGAGCAAUUCCACCAAAAAUGGGGUCAAGAUUGCGAAAAAAGGGCAGGAGAAUGGUGGGGGUCAGGCGUUGGAUGUGGAUGUGGUGAGGUUGAUGAAGACGCAGGAUCAGGGGUAUUUGAGGACUGCGUUGCAGAGGUGUCGGAGGGAGAUUGCACGGGUGGAGGAACGGGUUGUGGUUGGACGGGUUGGGGUUGAUGUUGAGGGAGUUGGGCGGGGGAAGGUGGUUUUUGGGGAGGAUGGGGAGGAGUUUGCUGUGCGAGGUUCUGGGAAGGAGGUUGAUGGGGAUGUUGAUGUUGAUUUUGAUAUGGAUUUCUCGGACGAGGAGAGUGGAGAGGAAGGGGAGGAUGUCGAGGAGGAGAAUCUGACGCCCGAGGAGAAGUUGGCCAGGAGUAGGAAGCAGCAUGCGUUGGAUGUCAAGCGGAGGAAAUUGGAGGCGUUGAGGGAGCAGGAGGAGAAGUUGAGUGCUGCAUUGGAAGCGCUGGAACAUCAACGGGCGAAGAUGAAUCAUACCAUAGGCGGCACGAACAAGGCGGGAGUCAAGUUCAAGACCAGAGAGCGAAAGAGAUGA